GCGGGGCGGACGCGGCGCCUCGCGGCAUGGCGGCCCCGGCCAAGCGCGCGCGGGUAGGUGGCUGCCCGUCCGUCGCCGCGCCCUGCCCGGCCCCGAGGGUUGCCCGCGCGCCCCUGCCAGCUUCGGGCCCCGGGCGCGGCCACGUCACUUCCUUUUCCCCGCUGGCGGCGGCGGGGCCCAGCGGAGGCGAGCCCAGGGGCGACGCCGUGGCCGGCUUCCUGCGCUGGUGCGCCGGAGUGGGGCUGGAGCUGAGUCCCAAAGUGGCGGUGACCCGGCAGGGCACGGUGGCCGGCUACGGCAUGGUGGCGCUGGAGAGCGUGCAGCCCGGGGAGCUGCUGUUCGCCGUGCCGCGCUCCGCGCUCCUGUCUCCCCACACCUGUUCCAUCAGCGGCCUGCUGGAGCGAGAGCGAGGCGCCCUGCAGAGCCUGUCGGGGUGGGUGCCGCUGCUGCUGGCGCUGCUCCACGAGCUGCAGGCCCCAGCCUCACCCUGGAGCCCCUACAUCGCGCUCUGGCCGGAGCUGGGACGUUUGGAGCAUCCCAUGUUUUGGCCAGAGGAGGAGCGGCUGCGCCUUCUAAAGGGUACCGGUGUUCCGGAGGCGGUGGAGAAGGAUUUGGUGAACAUCCGUAGCGAAUACUAUUCCAUCGUCCUACCCUUCAUGGAGGCUCAUUCGGAUCUCUUCAGCCCCGCCGUUCGCUCCCUGGAACUCUAUCGCCAGCUCGUGGCCCUUGUGAUGGCUUAUAGCUUUCAAGAACCUCUGGAGGAAGAUGAUGAUGAAAAGGAGCCCAACUCCCCCUUGAUGGUGCCUGCUGCAGACAUACUAAACCACAUAGCCAAUCAUAAUGCCAAUCUAGAGUACUCUGCAGAUUCUCUCCGGAUGGUAGCUACUCAGCCCAUUCCUAAAGGUCAUGAAAUCUUCAACACAUACGGGCAGAUGGCUAACUGGCAACUGAUUCAUAUGUAUGGUUUUGCUGAGCCCUACCCUGACAACACAAAUGACACAGCUGACAUUCAGAUGGUGACAGUCCGAGAUGCUGCGCUGCAGGGAACAAAGGAUGAAACUGAAAGGCUGCUCUUGUGUGAACGCUGGGAUUUCUUGUGCAAACUCGACAUGGUAGGUGAAGAAGGAGCCUUUGUAAUUGGUCGUGAGGAGGUGCUGACUGAAGAAGAGCUAGCCACCACACUCAAGGUACUGUGCAUGUCUCCUGAGGAGUUUAGAGCCUAUGAAGAGCGGCCUGGCUGGGGAGAGGAAGAAAGGGAAGAGGACGGCUUGGCCAUCAUAAAUAUUCCCAAGCUCCAAGAGUCAUGGAGACAGCUCCUUCGAGACAGCAUUCUGUUGACCCUACAGACCUAUGCCACAGACUUAAAAACUGAGCAAGAUUUACUUGGUAAUAAGGAGGUCUAUGCCCAGCUCAGCUGGCGGGAACAGCAAGCCUUACAGAAUGUCACAAUUUGAUGCCAGAAGACACGAUGUUAUGCCCUGAUGCAAGAGCACGCCACCAACUGCCUAUCACAAGGUACUAGUUUAUGUACUUUGCACAAACCCAAGAAGUUCCAGACAAAAGUUUUCUCUUUCAUAUAUUUACACAAGUUCAAAAUGAUAUUCACAGCAUCUUCUAAAUUUUGGCCAAGAGUCAAAAAAAAAAUGCAUUUAAACUUUGGAACUUGCCCACACAGACAGGAGCCCAACCCCAGCAGUUGGUGGGGCAGACACCCAAGAACCAAGGGCUGGGAACGUCAGGAGGAGCUGGAAGGAUUCUUCAGUUUAUGAACUUGGUUCAGUGGGACCAAGGUUGAUGCCUCUGCAAGGGAAAUACAGUUCAUCUAACUGGCACCGGUCCCUUCCAUCACUUGCUGAGCCUGCUUCUGUCCCAUGCAGCACUGUGCAACAGACUGGAACAACCUGAAAAGUGGAGACAAGUAAAAAUUAACUUCAACAAAAUUUAGGCCUAAGGGUAUCAUGUGCAUUAGCUCUAACUGCCUUUUCACUCAGACCCAAAUAGAAGCAUUCUCUUCUGUCUCCCGCUAGGUAAUUAACUCAUUUUAAAACUCACUUUUCAAUCUCUGGGGCACAGUGUACAAAUUCAUGGUUCCAGAACUUGAAUGCUGGGUUUUUAAUCAGCUCAAUGAAGGUAAUAAGAAGACCCCAAGGAUGUGGCCUAUUUACAAUCAACCGUUCCAAGAGAACCCUAAAAUGGGGUAUAGAAGAGUUAGUUAAUACAUAAAGAAACAAAAUCACAACUACGCCUCCAUUGCCUUUAUUAAUCCACUUAGAAUUUUUAAACAUUUAGCAUAUGUAAAUGGGUGAAAUUCUUCCUACAUGUGACCUGCUAGUAGCAAAUUCUAUGUUCUCACACUUCCUAUUUCCUGGGGGCAAAAAGAAAAAAAAAAAAAGAUCAAGAGCAAAGCCUUUGCUGCAGCUUUAGACAUAAUUACAAACAAAAUGAUACACUGUUAUCCAAGCAUGCAAUAAAACACAGUUCAGUAUAUAUGAGGACCAUGGGUGCCAGCUAGUCCGGUGAAUAGGUAAAUUAGAGCUUCAAGGUAUGUGCACCCCAGUACAUUAUGCACCAAUUUCCUAUACAUAGUUUAAAAAGAAAGCAGAAUAUAACCUCUUAAGACCUUAAAAAAUGAAAUACAAACAAAGGAAAUCUGCAUUAUUCAAGAUUCAUGGCCAGUGCUACCACCAAGAAACUAAUGUUGCUUUUACCAUAAACUAGUCCACAGCUUUUCGGAGCAAACUACUGCCAGUAUCAACUUGUUUUAUAAUUCCUCAGACAUGGUUUUCUAGGAUAGUAAAGCGGGGAAUGCAUAGAA